GCGGACGCGCGUUCCGGCCCAAAUCACUUCGGAGCGAGGUGAGUGCGCCCGCUGGCGGAGGUGGGGAAGGCAUUGCGUUCUUCCCCCCUUGAAGGACAUGGAGCUCCUAGCGGCUCAACACCAAGCUAAGAAGAUGGUAUGAUUCCCCUCCUGCUGGGGUGAGAAGGACCUGGGGCUCACCACAGGCAAAGACAACUCACAUUGACUAUGCUGGGAGCCCCACCCCUGCUGCUGGCAGCCACCUCAUUGGGCGUUGCACUCCUGGCCUUCCUGCUGAUAUUAAGACGCUGGGGCUGGGUCCUGUUACUCAUAAUCUUUUUCGAGAGAGUUCUGCAGCCAAUCCGAAACCUGAUCAUGGGUAACACUAAGGAAGAGCGCAUCCUCCACCAUGUGCAACAGCAUGCGAAGCCUGGAGACCCCCAGAGUGUGCUGGAGGCCAUUGAUACUUACUGCUCACAGAAGGAGUGGGCCAUGAACUUGGGCAACACCAAAGGUGAGAUCAUGGAUGCUGUGAUUCGGGAGUAUGGCCCUUCCCUGGUGCUGGAACUAGGGGCCUACUGUGGCUACUCUGCCGUACGCAUAGCCCGCCUGCUGCCACCUGGUGGGCGGCUGCUCACCAUGGAGAUCAACCCCGACUAUGGUGCCAUCACUCAACAGAUGCUGGACUUCGCAGGCCUUCAGGACAAGGUCACUGUCCUGCUUGGGGCAUCCUAUGACCUCAUCCCCCAGCUGAAGAAGAAGUAUGAUGUGGACACCCUAGACAUGGUCUUCCUUGACCACUGGAAAGACCGCUACUUGCCAGAUACCCGUCUCCUAGAGGAAUGUGGCCUGUUGCGGAAGGGGACAGUACUUCUGGCUGACAAUGUCAUCAUCCCAGGAGCACCAGACUUCCUGGCAUAUGUGCGUGGGAGCAGCAGCUUUGAAUGCACACACUACAGCGCGUACCUGGAGUACAUGAAGGUGACGGAUGGCCUAGAAAAGGCUGUCUACAAGGGCCAAGACAGCCCAGUGCAGUCUUAAAUGCCCACCCUGCUCUGGGUUCCCCUGCCAGUCUGGUCCAGAAGGAUGAGCUAGAUGGAUAUAUUCUUUCCUUAAAUAUAAAGCAUACUUUAGGCCUGUGAGGCAUGAGCCUUCUUCAUGUUGACCUUCUGUACUGCAGUUCUAAAUUAUCACACGUGGGACACUUCAAAGUGUAGGAGGCUUACCAUGCAAAACCACUGCAAUGAAUACUAUCUGCUGAUAAGACUGAAUUGAGGACUUAGCUAUGACUCAGUGGUAGAACACUUGCCUAGUAGGGUCUUGUUUUUGGAGAUAGGGUCUUACUAUACAGCUCAGGCUGGC